AUGAAGUUGUAUUUGGCUGUUUUUGCGUUAUUUGUGGCUCAGGUAGGCGUUCAAAGCUGAAACACUGUAACUUUACGGCUGUCCGUUUUCAAUAUACCAGUAAAGGAGCUGGGCCUUUGUUUUGGCUCAGUUCAGAGUUGGUUAAGACCCUCGGGCGAGAAACAAUCCAAGUCGGCCCGGCCUUGAGCCAAAUUUUGAUCGGGCCGGGCCCAAAGUUCACCCCCGGCCCGUUUCUCAUGUCUACUCGGGCCUAAACUUGUCGGCCUGUCUUGCUUCCAUCGGUCAGGCCUUUGCCUAGUGAAUCACUUCCAUUAUCCAGCCCUUUGCCUAAUGUAGCCCCUAUCAGAAUUAGUUCUCAAGCCUAAAGAAUACAUUUUUAGGUCCAUGCUGGUGACGAAGAAAAGAUUUGUGACAUACUGAUCGAACUUUUAAAGCCAGUCCCAGUCAAUCUUUCUCAAUUCGUGGCUCAUUCAAGUUUGCUCCAGUACAGACUUGACGUAAGGUUCAAUUUAAACCCACGUUUUACAAUUUUAAACUUUAUCAACUUUUUAAAUUCAAAAAUUUUUGAAUAUUCAUCCAUCAAAAGCAAAAAAACACAAAAUGUCAAAUCUUCCAAAUUUUUUCGAAAUUCAAAAUCAUCAAAAUGUCUUACCUAAAACAUUCAGGUUGUAAACCUCUCAAGCAUCCACAAAAUCUACGACGAAGUGGAGAAACAGAAAGAAGAUGCUGAAAAGUUAUUGAUGGCAGUUCCAGCCAAAGAUCCAAAACAAAGGUACGGUGAACAACUUCUGAAGGUGUACGAAGCGUUUGAAGGCAUCCGUGCCCGUUUGGCCAACGCUUCUUCUAAUCAAGAUUUGUUCUUUGUUGAUUAUACCACCAGUGUUUUGAAGGCAUUGCUUCAGGUAAGUUGGGUAAAGCGGGAAAAAGUACAGAAGGGUAGGGUAAUAUAGGGCAUAGGAAGGUGAGGACGGUAGGGUAAGUAAGCAUAGGAAGGUAAGGACGGUAGGGUAACUAGAUACCUAAAAACAUGAAAUUUUAGGACGUAUACAAAAAAGACGCCAUCAGCCGAAUCCAAGCCGUCGUAGCAGCCACCGGACGCGAAAUUACCGCCGACCAAGUCAACUACUACCUCGUUAACAGUGUCUUAGAAUCCUUUUCCUAUUCCCAACUCAACCCACGUGUCCCUCUUGAACAAUCCAUUCAAUUGCUCUUCGGAAUUGAUGUUGUUCAUCCAUUAAGCACCGGCCUUCGUAACUACAUCUACUCUCUCGAAAAACUGUACGAUUUUGUCCAUGGUCGUUCGAAUAAUGUUCGAACGACCUUGGCGAUUUGGUACUGCUAAAGUAUAUUCGUAUGUUGCAGGAAGCUAAGAAGACUCAAGACGAUCAUAUUCUGGAUGGUUUGAGUGGCCGCGCGUUGGAAAUUUAUGAGAGUUUGGUGGAGAACCUGAAGGAUUUGAAGCAUUUACUCCGUAAAUGAAGAUAAAACAUUAUUUUUGCAGCUUACAUUGUAAUUGGCAUUGAAAUAAAGCUUGGUUUUAAACAAAAAUUGAUGCCUAAGAUAAGGAAGGCCUAAAAUUAAGAAAAAUUAAACUAACACAACUUACUUUCUUGUGACAAUUGAGCAAUCAAGAAAUGUUGUCGACAUCAUACUUCGAAGUAUCCUUCUUUUCCAAAAACUGCCACUGAAAAUAAAGGUAGAUACAUUCUAAACCCAAAAUUUGCUCUUUCAAAUGAUAUACAUCUUAACAUAUAUUUAAUGUUAAGAUGUAUAUCAUUUGAAAAGAGCAGAAAAAUUUAGAUUCACAUGGUAAAUAUUUGUUUUUCAAACUAAUUAUUUACCUUGAGAUAUCCAUCUUCAAAGCCGCAGACCCGCAGUUUCCGCUGCAAAAUGUUCAGGUCGCGCCCGUUUUUGAAAAAAUAAAUUUGUUUGUGACAAUUGUUCCUUCACGCUAACAUUUUUGGUACAAUGAAGUAUGAAAAAGGCUCAAACUAGUAUUUUGAAGAUCAUAAAGAACCAGGUAGGUUAUUUUAGCUAUUUUUUACCGUCGUUUUGUUCUUGUUGUUCUAGAUAAAAAGGUUUAUUUUAGGUAACAAAUAUUAUUCUUAGCCUAAAAUUUUUAUUUUUUAGGUAAUACUGCCUCCAAUUCGCUCUUAAAUUUGAAGACACAGAUAAGCAACUGGAAGCAACAUCAGGAAGAGAAACUCGCUGGAAGAGUUUCUGGUCAAGAUGAAGAUGGAACUGAAGUUUCAACUGAAGGACAAGCUGAAGAAUCAACCAGAUAUUCCAAAUAA